GGUGAAAACUGCUUGCACCAGUUAUCUUCGGGACCUCGGCGGCGUCGGGCGCGAUACAGCCGCACGUCAAAUGUCGGCACCAAAACUUUUCACGAGUUUUCCGAAAAAUAUUCUUUAGUUCCACAGUUGACCGCCCCUUUAAUCACUUCUUUGCGUGUGUCGAAUGCAACCGAAAAGAGCGUUUAACGUGUGUUUUAUGGUUUAGUUUAUUUUUAACGAUAAAAUGUUAUGGUUACGUGAUUCCUUGGUUUUGAAAAGAAAUAUUUUUUAUGUAUGAGAAUUGAUAGAGAUUUUAGUUUACGGGCACGGACCUGUUUAUAAAGUAUUACGUUAAAGAUUAGUAUUUUUUGAGUUUUGUUGCGACUUAUGUUUCAAAUGGUCGGUCAUUUAAAAUAAUCAUAACUACGAGAAAAUGAAUACUGGAUAAACUAAGACAAUGAGUCAUUUCACGUUAUUGAAGAGUGGGAAACUUCUGUUGGCGUUGCUAGUGCUGGAUUGGUUGUUUGCCGGAAGUACAGAUGCCACAACCCACGAGCCGGGAUUUACCGGGCCCAUCACGAACGUCACGGCGCCGCUGGGCCGUGAGGCGAUACUCGCCUGCUCCGUGCACAACCUUUCCACUUAUAAGGUGGCAUGGCUCCGGGUAGAUACGCAGACCAUCCUCACGAUCCACAUUCAUGUGAUAUCGCGGUCCCGCCGCGUGGGAGUUACGCACAGCGACCACCGCACCUGGUUCCUGCACAUUCGCGAGCUGCGAGAGACCGACCGUGGCUGGUACAUGUGUCAAAUCAACACUGAUCCUAUGAAGAGCCAACUUGGGUAUUUGGAUGUCGUGGUUCCGCCGGACAUUUUGGAUCGUGGAACGAGCCGCGACCAGACGGUUCGAGAAGGGGCCUCCGUCAGUCUGACUUGCGCUGCCACAGGCUCACCGCAACCGCAGAUCGUGUGGAGACGCGAACAUUCCAAGCCUAUCGUCCUUUCUGAAGGAAUACAAGUGUCUUCCCUGGAAGGGCCAGUUCUGAACAUAAGCCGCGUGAGCCGCCUACAUGCUGGGGCCUACCUGUGCAUAGCGUCUAACGGCGUUCCGCCUACGCUCAGCAAGAGGAUCAUGCUAACAGUAGAGUUCCCGCCAGUGAUAACGAUACGGAAUCAGCUGGUUGGCGCGGCGUUGGGCUCGGAUCUGGUGCUGGAGUGUGACACAGAAGCUUACCCUAAGCCGGUUAGCUACUGGAGCCGAGAGAACGGGGAAAUUGUUCCCGUUGGUGGAGGUUUGGAGCCCCAGAAGUUUGACGGGGCGUUCCGGUCAGUGAUUCGGCUGCCGAUCAAACGCGUCACGAGCGCUGACUACGGCGCCUACAAGUGUGUCUCCAAGAACGCCUUGGGCGACACCGAGGGCACCAUCAAACUAUAUCCUAUGCCGCAACCUGCCCUGGACAACAAAAAUGUUGUCCAAAGGCUGAACAUAGUUGCUGAUAAGGCGUCAGAAAUAACGCCUUUCGGUACACAAGAUUUCAGACUACAAGACUACAACAGAGCGAUGCCGGUGGAUGGGUGCUGUUUUGUUUUUUUGAUCUCAUUAGUAAUUUUAAUUAAGACAGUAACGUCUCGAGGGUGAUAUCGAGAAAGGUGUAUAUAAAUAACUCGAUAUCCACCCGACGAUCCCAAAUUGAGUCCGCGCACCACCUCUCAUGAUCACUGAGUAAUGCUCAUGAUUCUGGAGUCUCCAAUGAGUGAUUCAGAGCGCUCGAGCGUAGCAUGUCAACAGUGGAUGUCCAACUAUUUAAUAAUAGUUAUUUGUUUUACAAGGGGGCAAACUUGUUGUUUAACCGCUCGUGCUAAUAUUGAUACCCGAGCAAGCGAAAGAUUCCAAAAUCGAACCACGAGCGUAGCGAGGAAUCUUGAGCAUUGCGAGGGUUUCAAAGCACGGGGGUUAAACAAAAUUUGCCCCCGAAUGAAACACAAAAUUUUUCACCACACUAACCCGAAGCAAAUAUUAAAUGUAAAAUAUCAAACAAAAUCAAACCAAAUCAAAUCGAAAUGAAUGUUAUUAAAUAUUUAUCAUCCAAAAUCAUCAAUCAAAAGUCAAUUCUACCAGCAAACAUAAGAAAACAACUCAAAAUUUGCAUUUGAUUACUUUGCCUCACGUGAUAAAAUGCAACUUUGCUAUCAGUUUUUGAAGUGCAAAGUAACCCUUUCCGAGCUGGUGUGGUGAAAAUAAAUAUUGCUUUGUUGUCUCUGAGACUGAUUGGCAGCUGUGCACGUAUGGCUGCCGCUUAAGGGUUAUUCGCAGUAUUCUGAAUUAUGCAAUUAAGCUCUUUGCGGAAUAAUUGUAAAUUGUAAAGAAAGUAAUAUGUAUAUGUCCUACUUAAUAGCUGUCUGAUUGUAUUGCUUAUGUAAAAAAACUUAUCUUUGUGGAGUUAAAUUGUUUUAAGAGAAAUUCAGCUGACAUUAGGUACGAAUAACAUUAUGGUAACAUUCCAUUUCUAGCCGCAGCUGCACUACCGGUACUGAACGCGUCGCUGUCAUUGUCAAUUUCCAUAGUAAAAUUGACAGUAAUGCAGUUGCGCUUAGAAAUGGAAUGUUACCAUAAUGGUAAAACAAACAACUUUAGAUUAUUAUUACCGUAUCAGUAAAUAACUCUUACUCAUUGUUUGAUGACAUAAGGAUAAUCAGAGAUUUGUAUGCUACCUAUCACCUAACAGUGUUUGAUUUUAGGUGAAAAUUUCAUAUACAUAUAUUAGUAAUUAUGCUGGAAUUAAGAAUAAUUAUUUUUGAUGGCAACUAUUGUUUAAGGUAUGAUUAAUUAGUGUUUAUUUUCACAAGUACUUAUAGCUGUAAAUCUAUAG